AUGCUGUGUCCUGCGUGGUUAUUGGCUGUGGCUGUGGUGGGUGUGGUCAGCGGAGUUAAAGGUCAGUGCUGGGAGAAUCCUCGCUGUCAAGACCUCAACUCUGAGAACAGCAUUCUGGAGUGCAUCCAGCUCUGUCGUUCUGACCUCACCGCCGAAUCUCCCAUCUUCCCUGGCAAGGAGAACAUCGUGUCCCCCCAGGCCAAGCGCUCCUAUUCUAUGGAACACUUCCGCUGGGGGAAGCCUGUGGGAAAGAAGCGCCGCCCGGUGAAGGUUUACACCAACGGUGUGGAGGAGGAGUCCUCCGAGGGCUUCCCCAGCGAGAUGAGACGAGAGCUGGGCACCAACGAGGCCAUGUACCCCUCCCUGGAGGCUGGGGCUGUGGAAGGGGGAGAGGGAGAGGGCCUGGGGGGUGAGGCAGAUGGCCUGGGUGGGGUGUUUAGUCUUCAGGAGAAGAAAGACGGCUCGUACAAGAUGAACCACUUCCGCUGGAGCGGACCGCCCACCAGUAAGCGCUAUGGAGGGUUCAUGAAAAGCUGGGACGAACGUAGCCAGAAACCACUGCUCACUCUGUUCAAAAACAUCAUCAUCAAAGACGGACAGCAGAAGAGAGAGCAGUGA